GUACUCUGUCAUCCACGUGUCGCGCCCUGCGUCCCCCUCAACUGUCAAUUCAUUCUCCCCGAUCAAUCUCCCACCUCGCCCCAGCCUGGCAGUCUCCUCUGCAUCCCACCGAGACACCUACCCCCGAUCGCCCAUGGAUCCCAAGCCCGAAGCUCACGCGCCCGCUUCCGCGGACGCGGCGCCGCUGGAGCACGCGGCGUACCCGCGCCUGUCCCCGGAGGACAUGGCGCCGCCGCCCAUCGUGCCGCCGGCCGCCUCCGGCGGAGGCACCAACCCCUACGUGCUCUCCGCCCCGUCGCCCAAUCCGCCCGCCAAGAGCGCUAGGGAGAAUUUGAUAGAGAUGUUCGGCAUGGUGGGGAAGAAGUUCAACGAGGCCGCGCGCAAGACCGAGGGCAUCGCCGGCGACGUCUGGCAGCACCUGAAAACUGGACCUAGCAUCACUGAUACUGCAAUGGGGAGGAUUGCUCAGAUAUCAAAGGUCAUAUCUGAGGGCGGUUACGACAAGAUUUUUCAGCAGACUUUUGAGUGCUCACCAGAUGAGAAGCUCAAGAAGGUGUAUGUGUGCUACCUAUCGACAUCUCAUGGACCGAUCAUGGGCAUCUUGUACCUAUCAACUGCCAAGGUUGCGUUUGGCAGUGACAGCCCCGUGACAUAUGUGACCGAGGACAACAAAACUGCGUCAUCCUUUUAUAAGGUGGUUUUACCCCUUCUUCACUUGAGAUCAGUCACUCCCACGGCAAGUCAGCAAAACCCUGCAGAGAGGUACAUUCAGGUCGUCUCAGUUGACAACCACGAGUUCUGGUUCAUGGGUUUCGUGAACUACGACAGCGCUGUGAAGCAUCUUCAGGAAGCUGUUGGUGGUGUCCAUGGUGCCUAAGAUCACUCGUGUAUUCAUCCUCAUCUCAAUGUAAUAUGCCCGUGUAAAUGUGUUCUCGCAUGGUGCUUGUAUAUCUUGUAUCGGAAUUUCUGCCAUUGGACAUCACUAAGAAGUGCAUUCAUGUAUCCAUGGCAUGUUGAUACUCUUGGAGAAGUGGAGAAAAACCUUAUCCAUUAAGAGAUGGGACUUCAAGAGCAGCUAGGUGUGUGUGUGGGUGUGUAAAUACCGAAUGAAGUUGAUCGAAGCCAAUGUCGUGUUUUACCCUUUGUUA